AUUUAAUAUAAAUGGGCGACAAGAAAAUCAAGAUCGAUGAAUACAAGGAGAUUCGUUUGGGUGGAUUCUAAGCCAGAUCACAUAAUUGGUGGGAAGAAGCCAAUCCCGAAGAGUCUGAGGAAGAAGAAUAAUAGGGAUAAGAAUGGAGGUAUUUGGAACAUCAUGGAGUUUUGUUUCCCCCAUUUUAUAAGAGACAUAAUGUAGGAUUAAUUUAUGAUGGACAAUUAAUUGAAUUAACAGAGGAAUAAGAAGAGCUUUGUACAUAUUGGGCAUAAUCAAUUGGCUCUCCAUAUGAGAAUAAGGAAAUAUAUAGGAAGAAUUUCGAAUCUCUUAUGUAGACAAAAUUUAAAGGGUUUUAAUUAGAGAAAGCUGAUUUUACAAGGAUUAAAGAGUAUUUAGAAUAACAAAGAUUAUUGAGGUUAAAUAAAUCAGAUGAAUAGAAGAAAUAAGAGAAAUUAGAAAGAGAUUAAAGAGAAUUAUUUUAUGGUUAUGCUUUAGUGGAUGGUUGUUUAGAGAGGGUUGGUAAUUACACAUUAGAAUAACCUACUUUGUUUAAGGGACGUGGUGAACAUCCAAAAGCAGGAUUAUUGAAAGCAAGAAUAUAUCCAGAAGAAUUAACAGUGAAUUUAAGUGUAUAAGCUCCAGUCCCUUAAUGUAAAUUACCUGGUCAUUCUUGGGGUAAGAUUGUACAUAGAAAUGAUGUUACAUGGUUAUUUUCAUAUGUAGAUUCAAGUAUAAGGAAAGAUAAUCAUAAAUAUGUUUAAUUUGCUGCUACAUCUAGAUUUAAAUAGAUGAAUGAUAAGAGGAAGUAUGAGAAAGCAAGAAGAUUGAAAAAUAGUAUUGAUUAAAUAAGAGAGAAUUAUACUAAAAAAUUAUAAUCAGAUUCAAUCAAAGAAAGAUAACUUGGAACAGCCACUUAUUUAAUAGAUAAAUUAGCAUUAAGAGUAGGUAAUGAAAAGGAUGAAGAUGAAGCAGAUACAGUUGGUUGUUGUAGUUUGAGAGUAGAACAUAUUAAAUUGAAGGACGAUGAUGUUGUUGCCUUUGAUUUCUUAGGUAAGGAUUCUAUGAGAUAUAAUAAUGAAGUUAAAUUGGCACAUUAAAUAUGGAAGAAUCUCAAAUUAUUUAUUAAAGGAAAAUAACCAGAAGAUAACUUAUUUAGUGAUAUAAGUGUAGAUGAUUUAAAUGAUUACUUAAAAAAAUAGAUGGAAGGACUUACUGCUAAAGUAUUCAGAACUUAUAAUGCUAGUUUUACACUCUAAUAACAACUUGAUUUAGGAGGGGAGUUAGAUGGUCAUUCCAUAUAAUAAAAAGUAUAUUAUUAUAAUUACAUUUUAUAGGUUGAUUUCUAUGAUAAUGCAAACAAAUAGGUUGCUAUUUUAUGUAAUCAUCAAAAAACUAUUUCAAAAUAAUUUGAAUUAACUAAGAAGAAAAUUAAUACUAAAUUAGAAUGCAUGAAAACUUACAUUUAAGAAUUGGAAGCUCAUUAUAAGAAGAAGAAUCCUAAUGAGUAUGAAGAAGAAGUCUAAUUAGAGGAGGGGUCUCAAAAAAAAAAUAAUGUUUAUCUUAAGAAGUUUCCAGGUUAACAUGAAAAGAUCAAAUAACUUAUUUAGAGGACAGAGGAAAAGUACUAGAAAGAACUAAAAGGUUUAGAAAAGAAGGAAGAAAAUAAAGAAAUUGCAUUGGGAACAUCCAAAACUAAUUAUAAUGAUCCUAGAAUUAGUGUAGCUUUUUGUAAAGUACAUGAUGUACCUAUAGAAAGGGUAUUUUCUAAAACAUUAAGAAAUAAAUUCAUUUGGGCUAUGGCUACCGACUCUAAUUGGAAAUUUUGAUUAUGAUAUCAGUCCA